UAAGAGCGACUGUCCAGCCAAAGAUUUACUAGGCAAUUGAAACUUCACCGCUGCAACCAUGGUUCUUUUUGUACUGGCCGUUUCCUUGCUCCUUGCGCUCGGCACAGGACUCGUUAGUGCAGAAUGCAUUGCCUGUCCUAAUUGCGAUUACGAGCGGAUCAGUAUCGAGCAAGGAGAUGCAUGCAUCAACUUCUGGACGUGCUCAGGCGAUACUAUCACAUGCACUUACCCUUCUGUUGCAAAUCCGGGAACGUGGAAUAACUGCUCAUACAGUGCAUCGACCGGUUGGGCACUCGCAGAUGGCCCUAGCGAGAUCUGCUUCUCGGGAGCGGGAGCCAACGCGAAAUGUGAAGCACCGAAUAACCCUUACAACAAUGCUAUCCCAGCCUGCACCGCUUCGUAUGGGCUUAUCAAUGGAACCAACGGUCAGUUGUUGUAAGGAUUCAGGAAUUAAAGAGCGGAUACAUGGUACUUUGAAUCUGAUCACACUCCUUAAGCUUGAUCUUGAUGUGAUGGCCUCAAAGAAGCCACAGAUAGUGUUCAGGAACGAUAGCGAAGCUCGCUCACUGAUCUGUCAUUCCUUACCAUUUACCUUCAGUUGGUGUCUCCGUUCUCGCACUCUUGCUUGAACCAUUACCAUUAAAGCAGUCACACCACCACGUACAAAAUAGGAAUCAAUAGAUACGGUACGUACUGUAGGUAUUGUUUAAUACAGGGCCCGCCCCAACG